AUGUUGAGUAGCAGCUGCACUGCGUAUGAUCAUUAUUUGAGGAGUAAUAGUCGGGAGGUCAGCAGACCCCGGAGUAGUACUGUGCUCGUCCCGGGGACGCCCCCGCUGCGGCCGUCCAGCCAGAACACCUCCACGCCGACGCCGACGCCGUAUAAUGGUAGCAGCGCGAUGGAGCAGGACGCCAUCGAGACGCUGCUUUUCAUGUUCAGCCCGGGCCACAGGCACUCGGGCUACCACUCCUCACAGCCCUCGCAGCGUCACCUGCCCUUCCAGAGCAGCAGCGACUCGCGCGGAUCGGAUGCCCGCGUGCCGUGCAGUCGGGAUUUACAUGUCCGCGCGGAUUAUGGGCGCCCGGUAUACGGAUUCCGCGGGCAGUCGAUUGGUCUGGAAGCGCAGGCGGGCGAUGAGAUUGACCGCAUGCUGGACCAGAUGGGCAGUGAUAGUGAUAAUAAGUUUGAGAAGGGGAGCAGUGAAUAGUUGUCUAUUUGAUAAUUUUUGAUAACUGGAUAAAUCCGC